AUGUCGACACCCCUGCCGAUUGCUCGUCAGGCUUCGAAAUCCGAUGCUGAUAUGGAGCUUCUACCGGUGGAAGUGGGCCAAGUUAUAUGGAUUCCGGGCAACGAACGCGUGUGGGACAAGGCCACUGUCAUGGCAAUUGGCGGGUUGAAGGUGACGGUGCGCACUCAUGCCGGCAAGAUCCAGCAGGUGGACCGGAGUCUUGCCCUUCCCCAAAAUCCUCGCGAAGCCGACGAUAUGACGUCUCUUUAUUUCAUACACGAAGCAGGUGUUCUGCACAACUUAGAGGAGCGCUGCAAGCUUAAUGGUGGCGACGGGACUGGACAGAAGCCCUACACUUUUAUGGCCAAUGUGCUAAUCGCUGUCAACCCUUUGCGUGAUCUUCCAAAUCCCCGCAUUAGCGAGGUUGUUAAUAGUGCUGGCAGCUCGCCACAUCCUUAUUCAAUUGCGGAAAUGGCCUAUCAACAAAUGGUCUAUAAUUCGGGCACCGAUCAACCUACCAACCAAUCGGUCGUCAUCAGUGGCGAAAGUGGUGCAGGUAAGACAGAGUCGUCAAAAAUUGUGCUGCGACAUUUGACUACGCGCGGUUUGUACGGUAAAAAGGCGCGCGGAGAAGAGAUUGAAAGCAUGUCGAAGACUCGACAGGAGCACGGCACAUCGCUGGAUCACCGUCUGAUUGAACAGAACCCUAUUCUUGAAGCUUUUGGUAACGCAAAGACUUUGCGGAACUAUAACUCCUCCCGUUUUGGCAAAUUUAUGAAGCUUCAGUUUACCGCGAACGGCGAAUUUAAACUUGCUGGUGCUUUUGUCGAGACGUAUCUUCUGGAAAAGUCGCGCCUUGUUUAUCAAGUGGAUGGGGAACGUAACUUUCACAUCUUCUAUCAGCUACUGGCCGGAGCCUCAUCCGCUGCUCGUCAGGAGUUUCAAUUAACGAAGCCCGAGGAUUUUUGCUACCUCAAUCAGAGCGGGUGCUACGUAGCUGAGGAGACGGAUGACCAGGCAUGCUUUGAAGCCGUGGUGCGCGGAUUGAGCUGCGUUGGUAUCAAUGAGCAGGUUCAGCAUGUUAUUUUUUCGGUGAUUGCAGGUCUGCUCCAUCUCGGUAACAUUGAAUUUGCUGAAGAAGAUACACCCGAGGGUGAAGCUGCUGUCAUUGAGAAAGAAUCCGCGAAGCGUGCUAUAGUCGUCGCAUCCAGAUUAUUAGGUGUCAAGGAAGAGGACUUGUGGAAGGUGAUAUUGACGCGCGAUAUAGUUACACGUGAAGAAACGUAUACUGUUCGCCGUAAUGAGCAGGCUGCCGUGUACGCGCGCGAUGCCAUUGCCAAGGCGCUCUACAGCCGGAUGUUUGAUUGGGUCAUCAAGCAAGUUAAUUCGUCUUUGGGUCACGAUCCUGACCCGCUGCCGUAUAUAGGUGUGCUGGAUAUCUUUGGUUUUGAGUCAUUUCAGCGCAACGACUUUGAGCAAUUACUUAUUAAUUACACGAAUGAGGUGCUCCAGGCAACUUUCAAUAAUCAAGUUUUUAUUGCCGAAAUGGAGCUUUACAAGCGAGAAGGAAUCACAGUGGGAAAAAUUAAAUGGCCUGACAAUCGCGAAUGUGUUGAUCUUAUUGCUUCUAAGCCUAACGGUAUAUUGUCCUUGUUGGACGCAGAGGCUAUGAAUCCGCAGCCUAGUGACGCCAAAUUUUUGCGCACUUUGCACUCAAAGCAUUCAAAGCACCCGUACUUUCCGCGUCCGCAUCCGAAGGACAUGGAACAUAUGUUUAUCGUAAGGCACUUUGCUGGUGCUGUGAGCUACACGAUCGGUGCCUUUAUCGACAAGAACAAUGACUCAAUUCCUGCCGAUAUGUCGAAUCUCUUUUCGGGUUCGUCAAACACAUUAGUACCUGCAUUUUUUCAUCAGGAGCCUGACAAUAGCCGCCCGGGAAAGCGAAAACUGACGAAAAGUGUAGCCGCUAAAUUUUCGAACCAAAUGCAAGAGCUUGUGGAUACCCUGGACGCAACGCGUUGUAACUUUAUUCGCUGCAUCAAGCCCAACGCUCUUAUGCGCGUAGGUAUGUUCGACCCUCGUUAUGUCGUGGGUCAGCUGCGUUGCCAAGGUAUCAUGCAAACUGCUCAGGUUCUUAAGGUGGGCCUUCCUACCCGCGUUAGCUACAGCGAGCUGGUUGGCGCUUACAAAAAGUUUAUGCCGCCUGAUGCACAACGGCUGUUCGCAAAUCAGAGUGACCCCACACUCAUCACGGCGAUUUUGUGGGCAUUCCAAUGCUUGACUCAAUUUUAA